AUGUUCCAGUUUAGCAAGUACCCCAUGGACAUCCUGGAGAUGCUGAGUGGACACCAAGCCCACCAGUUCAAAGGGCUGGGGCUGGAGCGGCAGCUGAGCCACCAGCAGCAGGUGCAGCUGCAGCACCAGCAGCAGCUCCAGCAGCAGCACCAGCCCUCCGCCGACACCUCCGGGAGCCUCCUGUCGGGCCUCGGCCUGGGCUCCCUCCAGAGCUCGCGGAGCAACGCCUUCGCCGACUCCUCCUCGCUGUUUGCCAAAAUGAGCGCCCCGCCCCCCGCCAUCUCCCACCAGAGCCAGUCCUCCUCCUCGUCCCACAGCUCCAGGAAGUCCAGCAAGAUGAGCGGCGGCGGCGGGGGCGGGGCGUCCUCGUCGGGGUACCCCCAGUUCCUGCGGCCGUUCCACCCGGCCGAGGCGGCGCUGGCCCAGGAGCAGCUCCACUCGGGGAUGGGCCGCUUCGACUUCGGCGGCGGCGGUGGCGGGGGGGGUGCCGGGGUGAUCGGGGUCACUCCCGCUCCCCCGCCUCCCCCGCUGCACCCGGGUCUCUCUGUGCCCCAGCCCUCCCCCGGCCCCUCCUCCUCCUCCCCCUCCCCCUCCACCUCCGCUUCAGCCUCCAACAACCCCUCGGGCAGCACUGCGGUGCCCCUGGUGGGCCAGUCGGACCCCCGCAGCCUCCACCAGCAGUUCAGCUGCAUGCUGGCGGCCAACCAGUACUUCCUGUCCGGCGUCCCCACUAACAGCAGCCUGGAGCAGUUCCUCGUGCAGCAGGGCACCCACAAUCAUCUGGGCCUGGGCCUGGGCCAGGGGGCCGGCGACUCCAACUCGGGCCUGGCCCCGCCGCCGGCCCUCCACUCGUCCCACGGCCACGGCCAUACGGCUCCGCAGCCUCAGCAGCAGCAGCAGCAGCUGACCCCUCACGCCUUAUCUCACCCACACAGCCACACCCACCACCCGCACCCCCUCCACCCGGCCCCCCAGCCGGCCCCAUUGGGCGGCUUUGAUUUCCAAGGCAUUCCCGUGCUGUCCUCCAAUCAGAUCGCCUCGCUGAUGCAGCAGGAGGCCGGGCUGCCCCUCCCCCUGCCGCUGCACCUGUCGCUAACGAAGGACGACGGGGCGAAGUCGGGAGACGGCUCGUCGACGUCGACCUCCAGCGGCGGCAGCAGGAGGAAGAAGGCCAUGGCGGGCUACCUCCCCCAGAGGAAAACGGACGGCAGCAGCCACAGCGGCGGCAGCUGCCACAGCAGCAGCUCCAGCGGCCACAGCCAGAGCUCCUCCUCCGGCCUGGUGGGGGGAGGCUCGGGGGGGCUGGGUGGCAUCGGGGGCGAGCCGCAGCACUCCUCCCUGCUGGCGUCCUCCGCCCAGCAGCAGCAGCAGCCGUCUUCCAGCGUGUCCUCGUCCUCAUCGGUCCCCACCUCCUCAAACUCCACAUCUGUGCUGGUAGCCAACGGCAACCAGCAGCUGGCCAAGUCGCAGGAAAGCCACAGCAACGGCUCGUCCGGGCAGGCGGAGCCAGAGCCGCUGUACCACUGCGGCGAAUGCGGGAAGACCUUCACCCACCUCUCCAGCCUCCGGCGCCACCUGCGCAGCCACGGCCUGACCCCCGAGAGCCAGAGCCGCAAGUCGGACUGCAACUCGCCCAGCCCCGAGCGGAUAUUCUGCUGCGGCGAGUGCGGCAAGCGGUUCAAGAAGAGGGGCCACCUCAUCCAGCACAGCGUGACGCACUCGGAGAACCGGCCCUUCGUCUGCAGCAUCUGCCAGAAGUCCUUCAACCGCCGCGAGUCGCUCACCCGCCACGAGAAGAUCCACGACGAGAAGCCCUUCCGCUGCCCGGCGUGCGGCCGCUGCUUCCGUGAGAGCACCUCGCUGCUAAACCACGCAGCCUCCGGCGCCUGUGGCAAGCCGCCCCGCAGCUCCAAAAGCCGGGCCGCCGCGGGGGGCGGGGGCACGCCGUCCGACCCGAGCAGCAGCAAGAUGGGCGGCGGCGGUGACGGCGGCGUCGGGCUUUCCAAUGACGGGGCGGGAUUAGGAAACGACAAGUAUGCAGCGGACUACUCCAGAAACCGCUACCAGAACCCGGCGGCGUACAGCGGCGGGGUGGACGACUACAGGCGGCCCCCCCCCUCCUCGCUCUACCCGUCGGACGGCGCCCUGUCCAACGACUUGAGCAGCCAGACGCUGCGCAAGGCUCCACUGGCGCCGACCCUCCACCCCCACCCGCAGAGCCAGCAGCACCACCACCACCCCCAGCAGCCCCAGCAGCAGCCCCACCUCCCCCUCUCCUCCCUGCUGGACGACUCGGAGGACGAGGUCACCAGCAGCGCCAUGUCGGCCAUCGCAGCCGCCGCCGCCGCCUCCUGCGACCUCAACACCGAGAGCCGGGAGGGAGAGAGGAGGGACAUCAUCGGGGGGCUGCUGGGAGGGCUGGGCUUCGGCAACAUGGGCGGGCCCUCGUCCACCACGCCCGGCCUCAACGGCGCCACCAUGCCGCUGACCCACCCCAGCCAGCCCCACGCCAAGCCGCGGCGGCCACGCAAGCCCAGGGAGAAGCGGGACCCCAACGCCGUCGUGCGGCGGCGGAGGAGCCCCGCCCCCCCCGGCGACGGCUCGGAGCGGCCGUACGGCUGCCAGAUCUGCGGCAAGCGCUUCCGGCGGGCGGAGACGCUGCGGCGCCACAACCGUGUCCACACGGGCGAGAAGCCGCACGCCUGCGACGUCUGCGGCAAGACGUUCCGCGAGCCCUUCCACCUGACCAAGCACCUGACCGUCCACUCCGGCCAGAAGAACUACAAGUGCAACCUGUGCGGGAAGAUGUUUGCCUACGCGCAGAGCCUGGUGCGCCACGGGAAGCUUCACCGGAAGGGCGAGAUCGACAGCCAGGGCCGCCGCAUCAAGGGCGGCGCCGCCGCCGCCAUCGCUCAGGUGGCCGGCUCGGCCGGCUCCGACUACUUCUCCUCGUGCUCCCAGGAGGAGAAGUCUCCCACGUCGGGCACGCCGUCCCAGAGGCUGUACACCUGCACGGCGUGCUGGAAGUCCUUCCGCCACUACUUCCACCUGACGGCGCACCAGCAGACGGUGCACGGCGGCGGCGUGGGGCUGGAGAAGGCCUUCCGCUGCGAGGUCUGCGGCAAAGCUUUCGCCUACUCCAACAGCCUGGUGCGCCACAAGCUGUCGCAGCACGGCAUCGACCGCGCCGGCCAGCGCGCCGGCCAGCCCGCCGGCUACUCGCCGCUCUUCUACGACGCCGGCUCGGGCGCCGGCUACGCCGCGGCGUCCCACAUGCCGGCGGCGGCGUCCGAGCAGCAGCAGCCGCCACAGCCGGCGCCGCCACAGCCCCCGCCCCCGCCACAGCCGCCGGCUCAGCAGCAGAACGCCUUUCAGUUCCACGCCAAAGGCUUCCCGAAGCAGCCGGGCCCGCCGCGGAAGGCGAGGAGGAGGAAGCGGCGGCUGGUGAUCCACAGCAUCAUGCGGGACGGGCGGCUGGUGGGCGUGCCCCUCAGCGAGGACACCCGCCGGAAGCUCAUGGUCCUGCGGAGGAAGCGGGGCCGGCUGCAGGCGCAGUUCAACAAGAAGAAGCUGCUGGCCCAGCUGAAGCUGAAGGGCGGCGGCGUGCGGGUCAAGACCUGGUGCGGCGGCGCCGUCCGGGUCACUGGGCUCACCUCCAUGGACGUCCCCCUGAAGCGCUUCCCCUGCCCCAUCUGCCCCAGCACCACCUACGCCAAACUGGGCUCCCUGCUGGUCCACCACGCCGUCCGGCACCCCCCCAGGGACUCGGGCCGCUCGGCCCGCCGGCGCUGCCAGGUGUGCGGGAGGCGCAGCGCCUCGCUGCACAGAGCCCUGAGACACCGCGGCCAGCACCUCCGACAGGCUGCCUUCCAGUGCCACAGAUGCCCCCACCGCUUCUGGAGCCCCCAGCUGCUGGCCCGCCACAAGUUUUCCUGCCGGGGGGCCACCGGGAACUGGGGGCUGAUGAAGAUGAGGUCGCCGCUGUCCCGCGACCCUUCGGACGGUGAGCUCUCGCCGGUCCGGUUGGCGGUUCCGGCUCUGGUCCAACCCGAGAGGUCGACAGUUCUGACUGAGUUCAGCCAGUGA